GCCGCGGAGCUCGGCUGGGCGCGGCCGACCCUCGUCGACGGCGGGGGGUUGACGCUCGACCGGCUUCGGCACCCGCUCGUCGAGGCCGCGACGUCGUCCUACGUGCCCUCGGACCUCGCUCUAGGCGGUCAUGCGAAGCGCUGCGCGCUGGUCACGGGGCCGAACAUGGGCGGCAAGUCGACCUACGCGCGGGCCGCGGCCGUCGCCGUCGUCCUCGCGCACUGCGGGUCCUACGUGCCCGCGGACGCCGCGGUCGUGCCCCGGGCGUCGCGGGUCCUCGCGCGCGUCGGCGCCGCCGACGACCCGCGCGCCGGCGAGUCGACGUUCCUGCGGGAGAUGCGCGAGACCGCGUCGAUCCUACGGCGCGCGACGCGCGACGCUUUGGUCGUCGUCGACGAGAUCGGCCGGGGCACGUCGACGGAGGACGGCGCGGCGCGGCGCACGGCGCUCGCCCACGCCGUGCUCCGCACGCUCGCCGACGCGGCGACGGGGCCGCUGUGCCUCUUCACGACGCACUUCUUCGAGCUCACGCGCAUGGAGGGCGACGAACACGCGUCGCUCGCGAACUUCCACGUC